CGAUGAUGAAUUUUGAAUUUUUAAAUCACUUUUUGAAUCAUCAAGUUACAAGUACCGUAAAUAUGUUCUUAUUCUCAUGUUUGCAGUUUUAUUGUUUAAAAUUUGCAUUCGAAUUAUAGAGAGCUGAUUCUUCCGUUGCUUGUGAGCUGGUUUGUGAGCUGCCUUCGAGGUUUGGCCGUGGUUCGUGGAGUGGUUGGCUGAUCGAUUUCUCUGUUCCCAACAGCGGACCUAAGCGGGAUUCCCUAGUGAUUCAAGUUUACGUUAUAGGUGCCAGCUUUCUCCAGUUUCACUAUGGAUCAGCUGGUGGUGCCACAGAAUGCUCUAGCGUUCCAACCGAAGCUCGCUACAGCCACACGAGAGAAAUUUGUGAAUGGUUACUUUCUAAAUUAUUUGAACGGGAUUGUGGCACAGCAGGACGGCGGCGGUAUUCCUCAUCCCUUGCUUGGAGUUGUUUCACAAUACCAUUACGGCCCUUCUUUGGAAACGGCGGAUUUCGCUAUUGUGUUUUCUCCACAUGGCGUCCACCAGCAAGCCGAAGCUAUACCUGUCUGGAUUCAUGAAAGUAAAGCAGGCAGAGUAAAAGUGAAGGAUUUGAAGGAGAAUAUGCUCCGAUGCCCAUCUCGCCGUAAGGUCAUUGGCGAACAGCUGAAAAGAUGGUUUUGUAAUGAAUCGUUGCGAGAUCAGAUGGAAGCCUACGGCUGGGAACAGCUGUGGGCUUCAUCGGGCACUGGCGAAAGGUGUGCUGUUUGGCGCUGGAACUUUGAUAACCGGAAGAUCUAUCGGGUAAUUGCGCCUAGACGGAGAGACUGACAGAAGUGCAGCUAGAGAGCACACCGCCUAAUGAUGCCGAUCCUUUUCCAAUCACUUACUGGAACCUGCAUGCUGCUGGUCUGGAGGCAGUGGAGUUGCAGAAGAUUGUCGGAUACGCUCGCAAGAAUAUUUUGCUGAAUGUUAACAAAGUUUUGAACGGCUGGAACCCGUUGCAUGAUAACUUGAACGUGGACCCGGACGAGAACGACGGCAACGACGUUGGCAUCGAAAUGGACGACACUGCAUCGAUUACUACAGUCGAGGAUGAAGACCUUGAUUAUUGGCCGUCGGUCUAGCUGGUUUUGUGAGCAGAGUUAUCGUUAUCGUUU